GCAUGUGGUUGAUUUUUCUUGUUUUGAUUUUUUGAUUUUCGUUUUAAGCUUAAUUGUGAUUAAUUUUCUUGUUACAAUUGAUUAGUGUAUUCCUUUUUUUAAUUACUAUAUUCUGUAUUUGUGUCUCCAUUACAUUCGGUUAACAAAUACGUAGUAAAACGAUGUCUUCAGAUGAAGAAAUUGAUGAUUCUCCAAAGAAAGUGAAAAAACCAAGAAAAGGUACACGUGAUUGUCGCGAAGGUAAAACUGUCUUCAUUAAAAAUCUUCCAUUCGAUUGUAAUAAGGAAGAUUUAACCGAAUUUUUCAACGGAUUUGGUACUACAGAAUAUUGUGUUCUCUGUAAAGAUGAAUUCGGUCAUCCCAGAGGUACCGCUUUCGCUAAAUUUGUUAACAAAGAAGAUGCCGAGAAAUGUUUAGAAACAUUUAAACUCAAUCCUGGUAAAUUUAGAAUUCAAGGAAGAAAAAUUGAAGUUUUUCUCGCCCUUACCAAAAGUCGAGCCGCUGAAAUUUCAAAGAGGAAAAUAACCAAAUUCCGUGAUAAGAGGAACCUUUACCUGGCCAAGGAAGGUCUCAUUUAUCCCGAUUCUCCAGCCGCUGAAGAGGUCAGUCAAAAUGAUUUGGCAAGAAGACUACAGUGUGAGAUGGUUAAACGAGCUAAACUACAGAAACUUGGUAAUUUUGUCUCUCGUAAUCGUCUUUGUUUCCAUAAUAUUCCCGAAAAUCUUGGUGACUUAAAGCUUAGAAAACUAUGUCUUGGUGUUAUCGAUAAUGAGAAUGCCGUGAUUACCGAGUCGAAAGUUAUACGAAAUGUUAAAAAGGAUAAACUAACAAAAGGAACUGGAUUUGGUUUUGUUACAUUCAAACGACAUUGCGAUGCACUUCAAUGUUUACGACGAUUAAACAAUAAUCCUGAAAUUUUCACCACUCAUAGAAGACCAAUUGUUGAAUUUUCCAUUGAAAAUUUAUCUGCUGUAAGAAAGAAGCGUAACAAUGGGGAUUUCAAGUACGAUGAAGAAGAUCACACCGAUGCUACCGAUAUUCCUGAUGAAGAUUUAACCUACAUGGGUGUUAAGGCCAAACCAUUCAGAGAAGAUGAGCCGAUCGUACUACCCAAAAUUAAUCGUAAAAUGCAUGAAAAUGUUAAAAAAUUGAAAGAACGAGGAAAAGCUCUGAAAAAAGAGAAGCGAAAAAUGAAAGUCAACAAACAGAUAAAAGAAGCUAAAGCUAAUCGACGAAUGAAUUUGGAAAGAAAAAUGACCAUGGACAAAGCGAAAUCAAAAUCGAAAAGAAUUAAGGAUAAACGCCACCACGAUGAUGAUUAAUUCUUAAAUCUGUUUUGUAAUUAAAAUCAACUGAUUAUUCUAUUAUUUGUAGAUAAGAAAUCAUAAUCAUAAAUGUUCAAGAAAAACUCUCUUGCAAUAAUAUUAACCUUUACUUGGGAAUUUAUCAAAAUCUAAA